GUAAUCAGUGUAUAUAAGGCAACUGUUUGUUAUAGAAGUCCUCUUCAUUCUUUGGUGGGACUACCAGAUUGGGUUGUGUUGACGAGAUUCAAAAUGAAACUUGUUUAUGUUUUGUUGCUGGCAUUAGCUGCCUUCGUUGACUGCAAUGCUGAACUUAAAAGAAUCCAGCUUCAUAGAAUGGAGACUAUUAGAAGUCGACUAGACAGACUCCAGACCAGUCAACUCCAGAAACUCCUGUUUACUAAGUACACAGACCCACACUUUGAGCCAAUCAAGAACUACAUGGAUGCUCAGUACUACGGCGUUAUUGGCGUUGGUACACCCGAGCAACAGUUCAAAGUCGUCUUCGAUACAGGAUCCUCCAACCUGUGGGUGCCAUCCUCCAAGUGCAAACCUUCAGAUAUCGCUUGCUUGGUACACAAUAAGUAUGACAGUUCAAGGUCUUCUACUUAUGUGGCUAACGGCACUGCAUUUGCCAUCCAGUACGCCAAGGGAGAACUGAGUGGAUUUCUGAGUACAGACACAGUCGACGUGUCUGGGGUUGUAGUACAGAACUGCACAUUUGCCGAAGCCACACAGGAACCUGGGGCAACUUUUGUCCUCGCGGCGUUUGAUGGCAUCCUGGGAUUGGCUUACAAGUCUAUCGCCGUGGAUGACGUCACUCCAUUCUUUGUCCAAGCCGUCCAACAAGGAGCUGUGGACGAGGCUGUGUUCUCGUUUUACUUGGGAAAUGACCCUAAAGCUUCAGUUGGUGGAGAAUUGGUUCUUGGUGGCAUUGAUAGUAAGCUGUACACUGGCUCUAUUACAUACGCUCCAGUGGUUGAAGAGCGAUUCUACUCAAUACUUGUAUCUGGAAUUGAAGUUGGUGGUUCAGGGGCAGGUUACUGUGGAGAUGACGGAUGUAAAGGAGUUGUCGAUACUGGCACUUCCCUUUUGUCUGGUCCCACUGAACAAGUGGCUGACAUUAACCAGAAAAUCGGUGCAAUAGCUGGACCUGGCGGAGUGUAUAUUUUACCCGACUGCAACAAAAUACCAUCGCUACCAAACGUCACUUACACAAUUCAAGGAAGACAAUUCGUUCUUACUCCACAACAGUACAUACUUGUCCAAAAAGUGUUGACCCAGACUCAAUGCGUGAGUGGUUUCAUGGGAUUGGACGUACCACCCCCAGCUGGUCCUCUCUGGAUUCUUGGCGAUCUGUUUAUUUCUGAGUACUACACCAUCUUCGACAUGGCACAAAGCAGAGUUGGAUUUGCAGACGUGAAUAGACCAUCACAAUAGAGACAAUAUAUCAAAUAAUUGUUUUCAUUCAACCUGAUUGAAAAUUUAUUUUCGCUGGUGAAUAAAAAGUGUCAAAACAAA